UCAGCACACAAACUGUUAGUGACAGACUACCAUGUGAGGUGUUCUGUCGUGUCUCGCUAUGCCCACACCACAAUCCAGAGCUCUGUGUGGAACCAGCUACCUGUCACCAAGGAGGCAGCCUUUGAGGUGGACCUGCCGUCUGCUGCAUUCAUCUCCAACUUCACCAUCACCUCCAAUGACAAAGUGUACAUCGCCCAGGUGAAGGAACGGAGCGCCGCCAGGAAGAUAUAUGACGCAGCCAAGAAACAAGGAAAAACAGCUGGACUUGUUGCCACCAAAGAGAGGGAGAUCGAGAAGUUCCGCGUGGCGAUGAGUGUUCCCUCGGGGACCCGGAUGUCCUUCUCUCUGUCCUACGAGGAGCUGCUGCCCCGCAGGUUGGGUCGCUAUGAACUGACCCUGGGUCUGAGGCCUGGCGGACUGGUCACUAACCUCACCCUGGACGUCAGUAUUGCAGAGAGGACAGGACUCAGCUUCAUCAAGGUCCUCCCGCUGAAGACCAGUCGACUGCUCUCCAACACUGUCACAGGUGAGUCUGAGGCUCCAGCCUCCACCCAGGUCCAACAGAACCCUCGUUGUGCCCAUGUGCACUACAGCCCCAGCCUGCAGCAGCAGAGCAGUGCCUCUUCUAAGGGACUCAAUGCUGACUACAUCAUCCAGUACGAUGUAGAACUCAGUGACCUUAUAGGGGACAUACAGGUGUUUGAUGGAUACUUUGUCCACUACUUUGCACCUCGGGGGCUUCCUGUUGUCCCCAAGGAUGUCAUCUUUGUCAUUGAUGUCAGUGGCUCCAUGAUUGGCACCAAGAUCAAACAGACAAAGCAGGCGAUGUCCACAAUCCUGGGAGACCUGCGUGAGGAGGACCACUUCAACAUCAUCACUUUCUCAGACAAGGUCCACACCUGGAAGAAGGGUCGCACAGUGAGGGCCACGCGGAGUAACAUACGAGACGCUAAGGACUUUGUCAAGAGGAUCAUCGCUGAAGGAUGGACCAACAUCAAUGCAGCCCUCCUCUCAGCCGCCCAGCUGGUCAACCCUCCCUCCUCCUCCGGUGGCACCCGCCGGGUCCCUCUGGUCAUCUUCCUGACGGACGGUGAGGCUACCAUCGGUGUGACAUCCGGUGACUUCAUCCUGAGCAAUGCUAAGAGCGCCCUGGGGGCCACCUCUCUGUUCGGCCUGGCUUUCGGGGACGACGCCGACUUCCCUUUGCUACGGCGCCUGGCACUGGACAACCGUGGCGUGGCGAGGAUGGUGUACGAGGAUGCGGACGCCGCACUCCAGCUGAAGGGAUUCUACGAUGAGGUGGCCAGCCCGCUACUGUCAGACAUCCAGCUGACCUACAUGGACGACCAGGCCUUUGACGUCACACGCUCCCUCUUCCCUAACUACUUCCAGGGCUCCGAGCUGGUGGUCACUGGGAAGGUCAAGCCAGGGGUCAGGGACCUGAAGGUGUCUCUGACGGCCAGUGGCUCCAAGCAGAAGGUGAAUGUGGAGAAUGAGGUGUUGGUGUCUAAUGGAGAGGGGAAUAGGACAGUGCUCUCUAUGGGCUGCCCUGGGGGCAUGGAUGGAAUCCCCAGCUUCGUACGGCGUCUCUGGGCUUACUUCACUAUCAAAGAGCUGCUGCUGGCCAAACUGAACACCACUGACCCGAACAUACAGAAACUGCUGGGAGAGAAGGCCACCAACCUCUCCCUCAAGUACAACUUUGUCACGCCUGUUACUUCCCUCGUUGUAGUUAAGCCUGAUGCCGAUGAAAUUCCUACCUCAGCGUCAACUACGACGGUUCGACCCACCACCACCAGAGCUACUACAACAACCACAGUAGCCCACACACCUGCCACCAACAUAGCCUCCCCAAUCCCUGUGAAAAAGACCAGGAUGAUCAAAGCUAAACCAGAUCCUCUUGUCACAAAGCCUUCACCUGUCCAACCACCUCAACCCAGAAAGGGCUCCACCCCAGCAACAAAACCCAACCCAGCGAAAACAGUGGCUCCACCAUCCCCCAAGAAAACCACUACAACUACCACCCCCAGCCCCAGUGCUGUCAAAACCGUCCCUGUCCCUCUCUCAGGGAAAACCCCUACCCCUCCUCCCAGCUCUCCUAAAACUGCUCCUGCCCCUCCUGCCAGAAUAGUCAGUACCCCCCUACCCAACUCGCUCAAAACAGCCACCGCUCCUGCACCUGGGAAAACCACCACCACAACCCCUCCACCCACCACAGUGAAGACCAUCCCUACAACCACCACCACUACCACCCAAAGCAAAACAGUAAAGACUACAGUCCCUACAACUGUGAAUACCACUACCUCCACUACCACCACCACCUCAGUCAGAGCCGACCCAACCCCUGCUCCACAGCCUGGGAAACCCACUACGCCCCUGCCCAUCUCUGUUAGAACAGUCCUCCCGCCAGUUAGAAUAUCCCUCUCAUCCUCCUCUUCCUCAGAAAACGCCACCAUGUCUGCCGCUGAUGCCAACCAACGUCAGGUCACCACAAACCUGUACAGUCUUAAGUAUGUCCCCCCUACUCCAGCUCCACAGGGCAGUAACACAGACACAGACCCAGAUGUGGACCAGAUUGCCACCUUUGUCUCUGCCACGUUUGCCCCCAUGCCAGGCGUUACAGACGGACCAAAACUGUGGGAGGCUGCAGGACUAUUGGAUAUGGAGGUGGUUAAAGAUUAUGAUGCAACCUACGACUAUGACCUCGACUAUGACUCAUGGCUGGGCCCCCCCUCCAGACUGAUCUCUGUCAGAGUCUUCUCCUCUUCUGUUGAUGGAGACCCUCACUUUGUGGUCCAGCUCCCUAAACUGAAACAGAAUCUGUGUUUCACGGUGGACGGCAGGGCCAACGAUGUACUGAGACUGCUGGAAGACCCAGAGAGAGGUAUCAUGGUGGAUGGUCAUUUGAUGUGGGCUCCGUCCAAACAAGACGUCGAAGACCGUUCCCGUACGUACUUUGACCAGAUAACCAUCUCCACCAGGGGCGGGACAGGUGUGCUGGGCGCCAUAAUGAUCACCCUCUCAUUGGAUGCCGUGGUGGUGGAGGGGGAGGGGCGGGACACCCUACACACCAAUCAGGAAGGAUCUGUGACAAGGCAGGGCGUGAUGGUUUCCAUUGAAAGCAGAGAUGACUUCCAUCAAAGCUGUUGGAUCGAGCUGACGAAGGACAUUCGUUUCCUGGUUCUCUUCCACCACUACAAACACCCCAGCUACCUGCAGAUGGCACACCUCGGAUUCUACAUCACUGAUGGACAGGGCCUCUCUCCUUCAACCAAAGGCCUACUGGGCCAGUUCCAGCAUGCUGACAUGCGUGUCACACUGAUGAAGGACCCUCGUGACACACUGCGUCAGCCCAAAAAAGAGGGGGUGCUGAGGUGGGGGGUGAUACACAUGCCCGUCACCCUACAGGACAAGACCCUGAAGGACACGGUGAGGAAAGGUCACCUGGCAAGUUGUUGGGUCGUGCCCAAGGCGCAGGUGGAGAGACUGCUGGGGCAUCCCUACCAGAGCUAUGUGGUGGAUCACCUGUAAAUACUCACUGGCUCUUAUCAAAUGUCCAUCCUAGCACACUAGUUAGAAUACUAUACAUGCCUAAUGCAUUGCUUUAUAUUAAGUGGAAUGGAGAUUGGAACCGAG